GUUUGUGCGUGUGCUUUUCAUUUUGCCCCGUGCACGUAUCCACAAAUAUGGAUUAAUCGUCUUGACAGUUUCCCUGCUCGACUUUUGCACCGCUUGCGGUAACCCACUGACGCGUCGGAGGGAAAGUGUCUGUGUGUAAGUGUGUGUGUGUGUGUGUUUUUUUGGGGGUCUCUUUCUCUCUCUCUCUCUCUAUCUGCUAGGCUGGUGUGCAUUCCCCUCUCUUGUGUCUCUGCCUGGCUUGGAACCCCAGGAGGAGAUGCGGGCGGCGAACCAGGAGCUCCUAAAACAGCGAGACGAGGAGUAUCAGGCGAGGGUCUACCAGGAGAAACAGCAGGAGAAGUCGCGCUCCAUCGCGCUCCUGAAGAAGAAGGAGCACGAACUGCAGCUCAAGGACCAGCAGCUGAGGGCGGUCCGCCAACGCGUGCAGGAGCUUGAGAGGGCUGCCGGGGUGCAACCCGCGAGCACGGGCGGGAAGCCGAGCCUGGAGCCACCCGCCUCAGGCCAGCGGCGGCACGACCCAGCCGCCGACGGCUGCCUGCCACCCCUCUCCGCCCGCUGAGCGCCGCCAGCCCGAGCGACGGCCC